AAAAAUGACAUGUCAAUAAUCAAUAUGGUAACCUCUGUUUUUAUCUUUGACAGAGAAUUAUUUUAUUAGAAAAAGAAUUGUUAACAAUUAUUUUUUAUUGUAUUAGAAUUUAUGUAAUCAAAGUGUUCAUAACGUACAUGUAUUUAAACCUCAAGUGAUAAUAAAGAUGGCAAAUAUAAUUCCUCCUCUUGUUAGCGAUUCUCCACCACCUCCCCCAUCGGAAGAUGAAGAAGAGGACGAGUUUGAUGAUUUUCGAGAGUCAAAUGAUCUCUCAUAUGGCUGUGACAGUUUUUCCAUAACAUCAUCCCCGGAACAGUCCCCCAAGAAAAUUCCCAAUGAAAUGUCAACUAGUAAACAUGAAUCAGAAUUUGAUUUCGCACCUGAUAGCAAAAAUAAUGGACAAAUGGAUGAUGGUAAACUUAGUAGUAAAGUUGAAAAAGAUGUUAAUUCCACAAUAAAAAAUAAUGAAUCAACAAUUAGUGAAGGUUCAAGUAGUUGUAAUCAUAUAGCAGAAGAUUCCAAUGAUCUUAUUCUAAAAAAUAAUUUUGUUAACAAAGAUUUAGAUGUUGAUUUUAAAGAAAACAUUCCAAGUCAAUUGAUUCUUGAAAGUACAUGUUUCAAUCAAGAAAAAGAAAUUUGUGAUAAUAGUGAUAAAAUAAAUGAAACAACUCACAAUAAAAGUACUGUACUUAAUUUAAUAAAUGGACAUACUGUGAAUACAAUGAAACACAGUAGUGCAGAUAAUAAUUUAUAUACAAAUUGGUCUGCUGAUUUUGUAAAUCUUCAGAAUGAAGAAAGUCAUUUCAAUUCAGAAAAGUCAUUAUCACCUGGUUUGAAUCCAGCUAAUGUUGAUGAUAUACAUAGGAUAAUUUUCUCUAUUGAAACUUCAGAAAAUCGUUCUACACCAAUAGAUGAUGUAUUAUCUGAGAACUUAGAUACUUCUGAUCAGACUUUUAAUGACUCUCAAUCCUAUCCUAAACAUUCCAAUAUUGAAACUUCAAAUCUAGUCAUAGAUAAUGUAGAAAUUAAUUCUGUACAUAAUGAGAGUAUUCACAAUAUUGAAUCACAUUCACCCAAAAAUGUUUCUUUAGAAACUAAUACAAUGAAAACUGUUUCGGCUUAUUCAGAUUUCAAGAGUGGAGAUGUGAAUUUUGGAAACUUCACUGAACAAAAAACAUCUUUGGAACCCAGUUUGAAUAAUAAGGAAAUUGAAAGCUUUUCAAAGGAAGAAAUUGGAAUAAAAAAUACUGGUUAUAAUACCAUAGAUAUUAAAAGUGAGGAAAUUCAAGAUGCUGAUAGAGAAAAUGAUUUUACUAAUUUCAGUGCUAAUACUGUAGACCCUACACAAAAUAUUUUAAAGUCGAAUAAUAAUGAUCUAAUAUCAUCAGAUAAUUCUGAUUUAGACAAUAUUGGUACAUUUGUUUCGAAAAAUGGGGGAGAUUUAUCAAAUGUAUUAGAAACGGCUGAUGAAGAAUUUGCAAAUUUCGCUACAUUUUCUGCUACAGAUGAAGAGGAGCCAAGUAAAGAAUCAUCUAUGCCAAGUAAACCAACAGAAGAUUUAACCAUUUCCAGUACAUAUGGAAAUUUUGCUGAACUCCCAACACAAUCUAUUAUAUCAAAUACAUUAAGUAAAACAGAAAAAGAUGAUGAUUUUGAAGAUUUUGCAACUUUUCCUGUCAAAAUCGAUCCUGAUCCACCCAAUCCUAAUAUGUCAGAUGAUGAAUUUGGAGAAUUUGGUGACUUUACAUCAUCUACUUUCGAUUCUCAAAAUCAACCAACUCCAGGAACAUCCACUCAAAAAACCGAGUAUACACUUUUAAAUAAAAAAGAAGCAUUGAUAAAAGCUCAGGAGGUCAUAAAAGAUAUGUUUAAUCCAAUCGAAGAAGUGUUAGAUGACUUUCAACAAUUUGACUUGAUAAAAGACGAUUUUAUUUUCAAUCAGAUACAAGACAUUACCAACACACCAGCUUUAAAUUACCAUUGGUCAAAAUCUACCAGUCAAAAGUUGCUUCUGAAAAGCUUGAACAUUGACUCGAGAAAUAUUCUUUAUAGUGGUCAUUCACGAAAUUCAUCAGUACCAAGAUUCGCAGCUAAUUUGGGUCUCCAACCAUUGGAACCUGUAAAAAUGGAAUCUAUAGCCCCAACGCCAUCACCAUCAACACCACCUAUUGUUCAGACGACCUUUCAGGCACAAACAGAUAUUCAAGAAGUACCUAAUGCAGAGUUUGAUUGGACUAGUUCUGGUCUAGUGAAUCCAUUAGAUUACUGCCAAAACACAUUAUUAGAUCUAGAGCAAUUAGUUGCAUCUCUAGAUAUACCUAGUUCUAGUCCCAGUUAUCCAACUUUAUCCACCAGAGUUCAAGAAGAUUGGGAUGUAUGGUUAGAGUGUUCAACUUCUGGCCCCACUAAUUCGGAAGAUUCUAAGUCUGGUGUUCAAGCAGAUAACUUCGAAGAAUUUACUUCAUUCCAAUCAUCGGAACCAUCUCAACUUUCAACUAGUUGGCCUAACGUACCUUUAAGGGAAACCUACAUAUCUGAAGUUACACAAUCCCAUAUCGAUGUUGAUGUUUAUCUACAACCGACAAUUGUUACUCCUGAAAUGCCCAGAAAAAUUAUAAGCACCGAGGACGAACCAGAAUUUACCGAAACGAACGUCGACGUUAAAGAAAUUAAUAAUAUCCAAGACGAUGAUAUUGAAUUUGAUGAUUUUCAAAUGAGUACUCCUGUCAAUAAUAAAGAUAUUGAAAGUAACAGAGAAAUAAACGUCGGUAAUAUAUCUGAAGAAAAUAUUCCAAAUAAAAACAUUCUCGAAAUACAAACUGAUGACAACUACAGCAAGCAUUCUAAUGAAUUUACCGAUUCUUUUAAAGUUUUACCAGAUGACUCUCUCAUAAAUUCAAAUAUAUUAACGAAUACAUUAAAAGCUUCUCAAAGUUAUUCAACUAAUUUGAAUGAAUUGUUGGAUAAAAGUGUAUUAGAAAUUUCAGACAUUCCAAGAAAAUACUCAACAGAUAAUUUACCAACAAAUUUUCCGACACCUCAAUCUAUUUCAUAUAAUUUUGGUACAACUGAUAUUUUUGAGAAGCCUUCAACUUCUUUAUCAACAUGUGACUCGUUUACCAAAAAAGAUUUCGAGAAUUCUGAAAAGGUUGGGAUACACGAUGAAAAGUCUACGGAAAUUGAAAUUAGUCAUGAAGACGACGAUUUUACAGAUUUUCAUUCUUCGGUUCCAAUACCCCAGCCAAAAGUUCCUACGGCGAUGCCUGUCUUAGAACCUUUAAAGCCUACAGUUGUUUAUUCUAGCGCUCCUUCUAGUCAGAUCAAUUGGCCGGAUCCAGGAAUUACCGAUGAUGAAAUUAAGAAAUUUGAAGUAGCAUUUGCAAAACCAGUUGUCCCAAAAACUGAAGAGACACUUAAAAAAGAAAAGAAUGUUGAAGUAAUUAUUAAUAGCACCAAAGACGUGACAACGCAUCCUAAGAAAUCUGGUACACCUGCACCAAGGACUGAAUUCCCUAUGUGGGACACCUCUCCAGUGCAUAAAGUGCAUAAAAAAUUGGACCCGAAAAAAAUAGAAAUAAAACAAAAUCCAUCUACAGAAGAAGAUGAAUGGACAGAUUUUGUUUCUGUCACAAAACCUUCGCCAGUUCAUAAAACUAAACUAUCAGAUAGAAAUAAAACUUCUAGUCCCGAUUUAACCCUCUCCGUCCUCAACUUAGGCAGCAUACAACCCGCGAAACAACCAAUUCCAGUAAUUACUCCUCAAGGUUUCGUCCAAACGAGAUUAUCUAGUAGUACAAAUUCAGUUUCCCAACAAAAAUCCAAUUGUAUAAUUCCCAAACAGUUACCACAGUCACAGCCGUCUAUUAUUAGCAAUCAAUUCGCAUCUCAAGCUUAUAAUGUUGGUUUCAAUACUUCUCCAUCUUACAACUAUUCUACAAAUCCAUCACAAUCAUCUGUCCCCAUUCCAAAGAAAAAAUCUAAUCAAAUAAGUGGGAAUUUUGUAAUAAAUGGACAAGAAGAUGAUGAGUGGGGUGAAUUUGUAUCCAGUCCAUUACCUCCUCUUCAAAAUUCUUCCAAUACCCCAGGGCAUCAUAAUUGGAAUCAGUCAGUAACAACUUCACGAUCCAAUGCUGGUCAGUACUUUAAUCAAAAUCAGUUUUCGAUUGGAAACGAAAUAAACAGAUCGAAUGUGGUGACACAAAAAAAGACUAGUCAGUUACCUGGUUUGGUUUUGCCUGAAUUGGAUUUUUUGUCUUUAAGAGAGCGAACGGGAGUAUCUAAAAAGAAAUGACCAAGGAAUCAGGUUGUACUGUAAGGUUGUGUAUAUUUGUACAGGUAGAGAAUUCUAAACGGGAUCUAGCGGAAUUAUGAUAUACGAGAUAAAAAAAUAUUUUUUUAGAAAUGUAAAAAUCGCUACUUGAAUAGUACCAUUUUUAUUUUCUUCUAAUAUAAAAGUCAAAGAAAAUAUAAUUGAAAAUAGUAGUACUAAAUUCAUAAAAGUAUUAUAAACAAACAACGUGGUCGAAUAUCGUCUGUCAACCAUCAUUUCUUCUUCUGUACAUUUUCUCCAAUCAAGUUUUGCAGUUAUUAUUCCUUCCAUCAUACUCUUCAAAACAUUUCUUUCUCCCAGAUAAUCUAGCUUUUGCUUAUCUUUAAUAUUUAUUUAUAACUAAAUUAGUUUACCUAGUAGUACCAAAGUUUGAUAAACUAAAAUUGAAAUUGGAAUUCAAACACCAAUGGCGGGGGGAAUCUUAAUUAUUUCUGAUGUUCUAAAUAAUUGUAAUUUAAAAUAUUGGCUUUGUUUUAAACAUUUUACUGCUGUUUUUGAUAUUUCAUAUGCAACAUUUUUAUGUCAAGUAAUGAUUUAAAGUGCCGCAUAAAACGUCCCUUCAUAUGGUACUGACAAAAUAAAAAGCAGAAGUUCUGAAAAGGAUCGAGCACAGGUAGCUGUCUCAAAUUUAACAUAAAGUUCGGUUUCCUCAAAACCUUACGGUAGAACAUAAACAAAUAUCGAUGAAUGAUAAACAAAGCAGUAAGUACCUCUUGUAGUUUAUAACACAUACUAAUAUUUUCGAUCCCUAUACCAUUGGCGUUUGAAUUCGAGAUUUUUAUGUAUUAGUUAUGUAGCUGACGAAAUUCACUUUUAGUUUGUUACACUAUAAUAUUUAUUUCAAAUAUUGUUGAUGGAGUACUGCUACCGCAAGAACCUCAAUAUAACAAAUAAUUUCUAGUAAUCUUUGAAAAAUGAUUGAAAUUAUACAGAAAACUUUAAAAAGAGUCUUAUACCCCUAUUUGUCCAUUUCUGCUCUGCUCUGCUCUACUUUCUUCUUUAUCAGUUAUUUUGUUCUUAAUCCUAAAACAAUUGGCACUAUUUCUCAUUUCUAUUUAUAAAUAAUACCUUCUUUUUAGAUGUUAUGCAUUUUCUCAUUUUUUUCAUUAUUUACUGACAGUUUUCGUUUUUACUCUUGAGAAUACAAGCGAUAAAAAAUUUCAAAUAAGAAAUUUGAAGAGAAUACCCAUGAAGAAGAGGAAAUUUUCAAUAAACAAGUCCUGCUAGGAAUACCAUCUCCGUUAUAUAUAAUUGUUUAAAAAUUAUAUUUGACAUUUCUCCAUAUUUUGAAAAUAUAUAUUAUUAGAAAUGAGAAAAAUUUUUUAUUUUCUUGGAGAAUAUUCUUGUUUUUCAAACAUUCAGUAAUUUACUAAAGUUGUAACUUUUGGUUAGCAAUCAUAUUGUCAUUAAUGAUUUUUUUGCUACGUCAAUUAAGAUGAAAAAGUUUGAAUUAUUCAACAUGGUUUUUAGGAAAUGUUUUAAAUAAUCAUUUUAAUUUCAAAAAUCUAAUCACAAAAUAUUAAUUGCGGUAUUUCCCUUAAUAUUUAUUUCAAAAAAGUGUAUCAUUAUCUUUCAAAAAGAUGGAUAAUACACUCAUAUUUAUUAUGAGUAAUUUGAAAAACUACUUUUUAUAUUAUGUAAUUUGUAUUUAAUUUUAGUUUAUAUUUUAAGGAUGUUGUUCAGAACUUUUGUAAAACUGAUAUAGAAACGGUUUGGUCGGCCUAUUGUAAAAAAAAUUAUAUAACAUAUUGAUAGAAGGUAGAAUAAUACCAUUCAAAUAAUUGGAAACAUAAAUAAAAAAAAUCUAUUUCCAUUUUUCUUCCAAAACCAUUUCGGUGUUAUUCUAACACAAGUUUAGAAAGUUGAAUAAUUUGUUAUAUGCACAUAAAUGUAACAAUAAUGCAGAGUUUCAACCAACAUGAAAACAAAAGUUUAAUAGGCAAUUAUUUGAAAAACAAAAAAAAUUUAAUCUACGUUUAAAUGAGUAUUUCUUGAGUUCUGUACAACGUUCGCAUCUUUGUUAUGAUUUAUUUUACUAUAAAAAUAUCAUAGAUUUGUCUGUUGAACAUAUUUUUAAUAUUUAUGUAAAAAGUUAUUAGAUAUAGAAUUUUGAGGUUAGAAAACUUCAUAAAAAAUUGAAAGUACAGUUAUUCUUUACUAUACUUGAAAUAUUCUGUAAUUUUCUGUUUUUUUGUUAAUACCACUUGAAAUUUAUUUUAAAUCUAACCUCGAAAUUUAUUUACAUUGCACUUAAAUUUGUAUUCAAUUUUAAGCAUUUAAAUCAUCAAGUUGUGCCUUAUUUUUUCAUUUUUUACAGCUGAACAAUGUGAAUAAUUAGACGGAGUUGGGUUUAGUAGAAAAGAAAUUUUUUGUGUUGGUAUUUGUAAAAUAAGAGAUUAAACAGAAAUUAUAGUAUACCAUGCCAACAAACAAAUUUUGAAUCAUUCUAUUAAACCAUAUGAGAAUUUUUCUUUUUAUACUCAGCGCUCUUGAUUCGAAUUUUCCAGUUACCUUUCCCUUGAGGUUCUUUUUACUGCUGUUGUGCUUCUAUUGCCAUGCCAUGUAAACAAUCCCUUUUCAAACUUAAUUUUCUCUGCACGACUUCUAUUCCAUUUUUUCUGCUAUUUGUCGAAGUUAUGUUAUGAGUUUCAACCAGUUGAUAUAUUUUCUUCGUAGUCCUUGUUUUUGUCCAACACUUGAAUCUUUUCAAAUUCAAUUGAACAUGUCGGUUUUUUAAAAUUAUUUUUUAUUAUUCUUUUUAUCCUAAAUUAACUUAUGAAUAGGUUGUGCUUAGUGAUAGGUACAUUUUCGGAAAAGAUUUUAGGGGUUUUUCCCGAACAAAACCCAAAUUGGCUUUUAUUGGAAAAAAACUUUUCAAGGGCAUUAAUUCGAAAUCAAAAAAAUGAAACCUCCCAAUGGUUGUGUUCUCAUCGCAUUGUACUCCUUUUUCAACAAUUUUGUAGACAUUACUUUUCUAGUAGAGAAUCUUGUAAAAUUCUUAUUUGCUACUAGUGUAACAAUUUGAAAAAUUCGAUAAACAAGUUCUCAACACAAAAAAUGAGCGAAUUGCGCAAAAUUUAUUUCUCAACAAUAGUGCACUAUAGGAAAUAAAUUGUUAAACCCGUUUUUACAGUCACUGAGGGUGCAAAUGAUUAGAUGUAUACUUAAAAUCAAAAUUACUGUGCAAUAUUUUUUUGACAUUAUUGUUGCCCUGAAAUUAUUAGAAUAUAAGUUGUUUUAUGUAAUAGUUUGAUUGGAUAUAAAAAAUAACAUUUCGAAGAAUAAUUAUUUUGAAUUUUAUAUUGAGUAAUUUAUAAUUAACAGCUCGUUCGAAGGAGAUAAGUAAUGGAAUUAUGGGAAAUUUCACAAUUUCUCAUAAGAAUUUAGAAAAAAUAGUAACUCAUAAAUUUACAUGAAUCUAAUCUAAUCCGCAUAAUGUACUUUUAAAAUUCCAACAAUUGAAUAAGUACCUAGUUCGAAUAUUUUGAUCACAAUCCAUCUUAAAACUUAAAAAUAGAAAUUAUACUUUAUAUAACAAAUCCAUUGGACUGUUACAUGAAACAAUAUAAUUAAGGUAAUUUUUGGACACUAUUUAUAUAUUUAUUACAUGUUUCUUAAAAGCAUUUCAUUGAGUGAUAUUAUUUAGUAUUCCUGGUUGUAAAUAUUUUUUAUUUUUACAACAAGGCCAAAAUAUGGUAUUGUUCUGUACUUAAUGUUAUAUAUUAUGAAUGGUUAUUAUUUUUAAACGGUAUAUAAGGAGUGAUGUGAAUAGUUGUUACAUAGAUAAUCAUCUCAAUAUACAAUACCCACUUUCACUGAUAUUUCUCUACAUUCCUAAUCUAUCGGUUUCUUCUAUUGAGGUAAUCAGUGACAAGUUUGACCUGUUCCGGUUUGUCAGUAUGUAAUUAUAAUCUCUUGAGUGAGAUUAUAUUUGCAGUGUCUGUAGUCAGAUAUGAAUCUUAAACAAAAUACGAAUUUUUGUUUCAAGUGGUAGAAAUACGUUGAUGAAUGUUAAGAUCUGUCUAUGAUAGUGGUCGCCAAACAGUCGAUCGCGAGCUACUGGUAGCAUAUGGAUAACUUUUAAAUAGCUAACGGUCACGCUCGAAUUGGAAACUUUGUUAUUGGGUUGCGACCGAUGGGUCAAGGUUGUAUCGAUGAAUGCAAACUACAGCCGUCGCGAAGUUCGCAAUCAAUAGUCACUCCUUUAACGAGAGUGAGGUUAUGUUACAUGUGUGUUCAAUUCCAUAAGUUCAACUUUAAGCGUAUUCCUGGUUUAUUUUUAGUAAGACUAGCUCGAGCAAAAACUUAUCAUUCUCGUGCAGAGUAGGAACCGAUUAUUUUUUCACGCAAGUUAAAGAUAAAUGAGUAUGUUUGCUGUUUAAAAUGAGUAUCUCACUUGGAAAUAAAAGAAAGGUUGAGCGCCAUUCAAGAUCAUUUACAGUGGAAAAGGACUAUCCGCUGAAUUCGAUACUGAAAAAAGGAAUGUAGUUGAAAUCUCAACUCAAUGCUCAACAAUAAACUUUUUUUAAGACACGGAACGAGAGCAAGGUAGCCAUCGCCCAACAUCGGAAAUCGUACGAAUAUGAAAUUUGGUAAAGGUAGCUUGAGCACGUGCAGAGGAUGCCUUCUGAUUGAUACAAGCACAGAGCCAUGUAUGGACUUUCUGUAGACCGCAUCUUCGCUGGUUGGAGAACGUUGAAGCGGACCUGAUCCAUCUAGGGGUUGGACGUUGGAGUUAUCAUGCUCAGGACAGAAAAUAUUAGCAGUCGUCGAUUGUUGAGAAGGCACUGGAUCGUAGCACCGGUUAAAGAAAAAGAAGAUACCACGAGGUUUUUUACAACACCAACUGAAAUUUCACCUCGAGCAUUGAUAGUAAUGUCUCCAGAGAAAGAAAGACUGUCCCUAAUAUGUGACUCUGGAGAUUUUGGAACAUUUUGGUAUGAUUUUUAUAAAAGUAUUAAUCUCUGACUAGAGUCCUUUAUUGGCAAAGCUAAAUUAACAUUAACAUUUUCGAUCGCCACAUUAAACAACUUGAAAAUACUUUUUUUUUAAAUAGAAAUUACUGAAUCAUAAGAAAUUGUUGAGAAAUUCUUAAAAAAGGUUAGGCCUUGAGUAUAUUGGACUGAUUAAGAUUUUAAGUCCUAAAAUCUACGUUUCAUAAAUUGGAUAUUUAUUAUUAACUACAGGUGACAUAAAAUUAAAAUGAAAAUAAAUUAGAAAAUAUGUACCUUUGAAAAAUAAUUAUCAGAACAUGACUUUUGAAUACUGUACCAAUGAGAAAUAAUUAACAAAUUUGCUUCAACUCACCUGAUUUUGCGGAACUGUCAUUACCAAGAUCACUAAAAAAAUGUAUGAGAAACAAUAACGAAUCUUGAUCAAUAUUGAGCCUAAGAGGUAACAUUGAUAUUUUUAGACAGCAUUCUUGUGUUGGUAGUUUCGGAUCUGGUCUAAUAUGUAAUGCUUUUAUCAUAACCUGAAGAAUAAAAUAUCUGAAUUUGU